AUGGCGGAACGGGCUGGCGGGGGCGCUUCGGCCGCCAUCUCUCCAGUGCAGCAGAUGCUGGCUUCGGGCACCGGGGCCCUCCUCACGUCCCUUUUUGUGACGCCUCUGGACGUGGUGAAGAUUCGACUUCAGGCCCAGCAGAGCCCCCUCCAUCAAGCUUUAACUAGCGAUGCUGCUUCCUGGGCCGGUGUCGCUCGCCCCGCCAAGUGGAGGUGCUUCCUGUAUUGCAAUGGCUUAAUGGAUCACAUCUACGUUUGCCAGAAUCGAAGCAGCUGUACCGCCUGGUACAAGCCGCAAACGCAUUUCAGUGGCACCCUGGAUGCGUUUGUGAAAAUCACCCGCCACGAAGGCCUCAAGUCUCUAUGGAGCGGACUCCCACCCACACUUGUCAUGGCCGUGCCCGCCACCGUCAUCUACUUCACCUGCUACGACCAGCUGCGGGACUUCCUGCGUUUCCGCAUGGGUUUCCACGGCGACCACAUCCCGCUCCUUGCCGGGGGUCUUGCCAGACUGGGCGCCGUGACGGUCAUCAGUCCUCUGGAGCUGAUCCGAACCAAGAUGCAGUCACGCCGCCUGACGUAUGGCGAGUUGCGCGUGUGCAUCCGUGGCGCCGUGGCCCAGGGUGGGCCGCUGUCGCUGUGGCGCGGCUGGGGACCAACAGUGCUCAGAGAUGUGCCCUUUUCGGCCAUUUACUGGUUCAACUACGAGUUGGUGAAAGCUCACUUGUGUCAACGCUCUCAAAUCCCGCAAGCCAACUUUGCAAUUAGCUUCACCGCAGGCGCCAUCUCAGGAACGAUCGCCGCCAUCUUGACGCUUCCCUUUGACGUGGUGAAGACUCGCAGGCAGAUACAGCUGGGAGAGAUGGACACACUUGGAGCACCAUUAAAGAAAACUGCAUCCACCUGGCACAUCAUGAGGGACAUUUGGAGCGAUGUUGGCUACCGGGGGCUCUUUGCAGGUUUCAUGCCACGGGUGAUCAAAGUAGCGCCAGCCUGCGCCGUCAUGAUCAGCACUUAUGAGUUCGGAAAAGCCUUCUUCCAGAAGGUUAACCAGGAUCGCCAGCCCGUCACGUCCUGA